UGAACUCAAGUGCUACACCACAACAACAACAACAACAACAACAACCCAACCAACAAGCGAUAAUAGUAAAUAUCAAAAAUUUGGACUCGAUUUAAGUGAUCAACAUAAUAUACAUUAUAAAGCUCAAGAUAAAGUUAAUCAUAGCGGACGUGAUAAUAUAACACCACCAACUACAACAACAACUACAACUACAACAACAGGAUCAACAGUGACCACAACAACAACAACAACAACCCCAAGCACAACAAAAGUCCAGUCAAAAUUAACUAAUUCAAAUUCUUCCUCAUCAACGUCAUCAUCUUCCUCUAACACGUUGAUGCAUCUUCACAUGACACCUCAAUCAGGUUCUCAUCUACCUAGGCCACCUUGUCCACCUAAUGGUGAUCGCACAACCGGUCCUCCACCCCCUGUAUCAUCAUCAUCAUCAUCAUCAUCAACAUCAACAUCAUCCCAACAACAACAACAACAACAAAAUCAUCACCACCACCAACAACAACAACAACAACAACAGAUUCACCAUCAGCACCAUCAACAACAACAAAAGCAACAAAUUCAUCAUCAACAACAAUCUCAUCACCAUUUAACAUCCCAAGCAUCCUCAUCUUUACCUGCACCUCCCUCAUCAUCAGAUUCAAAUAACAGCUCAACAAUGUCUCGUCCUCCUCCAGGGAUUAUCUCUCCCUAUGCCAAUCCAAUUAAUAAUUAUCAGGCAAUGCUAAUGAUUCAACAACAACAGGAAUUAUUAUGGCAAAAAUACCCUGAAAUGAGGGGAAUCACAGUUCCUCCUGGUAACCUAGAUAAUCGUUUAUUGUCACCUUAUCAAAUUAAUGAUUGGAAGUUAAUUCAAGAACGUGAAAGACAAUUACAAGAGAAAUUGAAACAUGAUGAUAAAAUGAAAGAGAGAGAAGCAAAAGAAAGAGACAAACAGAUGAGAGAAAGAGAAAGAGCCGAAAGGGAAAAGAAACAAAGAGAUGCAGUUCAACAGCACUUCGAGGAAUCCUUAAGAAUAGCCAAUCAAAAGCAACGGGUUUCAUCUGGAUGGCCUGGAAUGGGAAAAGGAAACACCGCCGGUGGUGGUAAUCAACCUCAUCCUGUUCGUUCACAACAAGGUCCACCUUCACAUCCUCCGGUCACUUCCAGUGGACCAAAUUCAAUGACCAGAUCAUAUAUUCCAAUGUACAAUGGUGAUAUUAGUGAGAAAGAUGAUAAAUCAACAAAUUCCAGUAAUUCAUCAUCAAGAUCAAGCUCCAGUGCAACAUCAAGUCAUCAACCUGCUUUAAAUAAUAGUAAUAAUAAUAAUAAUAAUAAUAAUAGUGUUAACAAUUUAGUCCAUCCGGACGUAAGAUCAAUUAGAAACUUGGAGCAACAACAACGACAUCAUCAACAAUCAUCGUCAUCAUCACAACAACAACAACAAUCCUCAACAUCAUCACCAUCACCAUCUAAAUCCCAGCAACAAUCUCGAUCAUCAGGAAAUAAUAAAUUAGAUUAUCGAUCAGCUGAACUAAAUUUUUCUCAGCUUCAUGCAGCAGCAACACAACAACAAUACAAUGUACUUAGUCAACAACAAUCACAUUCACCAAAUGGACCUCAACACCCACUGCAUCUUAUUCAUGCACCAUCAUGGGGAAUUCCUAGACCAGGAUUAUCUUCAGAUGGUACAAGUCACUCACAAGGUAAAGGGUCUCAAUCUCAUCAACAAUCGGGUGGUCAUCCUGGUGGGCUACCGCUUCAUCUGCAGGGUCACCAUGGUCCAGUUGGUCCAGGACAACUUAAUCCAAGUCAAUUGCAUCUAUUAAAUAAUAUGAAUGAUGGAGCUAAAUUAAUGGCUCAUUAUGAUGUUAAAAGUAUGAACAAUUUAAUGCGUGAAAAUAGUUCAUCACCUUUAUCAUCAUCUUCUUCAACACCUUCGUCAAGUAAAAAGGCCAAUGCUAGUCCAGUGAAUAGCACCAAUAACAACAGUAAUAAUAAUAACACCAAUAAUAGUAAUCAUUUAAGGGAUAAUAGUAAUUGUAAUAAUAAUAACUCAGGGUCACGAUCUGAUCAUCAUUUAUCAUCUUCAUCUUCAAAACAUGGACCCAAUCAUCGUGCCAAUAGUGAGAUACCUGGACCAUAUGGAUAUACACCUUAUGGUUAUCCUCCACCACCUCCACGAUCAAGUGGGAUUAAAGAUACUCCACCAAUAUCGCCACAUCAUCCACCUUCAUCUUUACCACCUCCUCACUUGGCAGUGGGUAAAUUAAAUAGUUCAACAGCUAAUUCAAUUUCGUUAACUAGUACACCAAAUUCACGUAAUUGUUUCUCACCAAUGGCUAAUCAUUCACUGGGCAGACCAUCUUCAAGUGGACCCAGUUCAUCAUCUAGACCACCACCACCAGCGGCACAUUCAGGAGGUUCAACUACCAGUUCCAUGGUUUCGGUAACAGAAAAACGGGAACCAUCACCUUUAAUUGAUCGAUCAGGUACACCGAUAGGUCGUAAUACGGGUACACCUUUAGGUAGACCACCUUCAGCCUCGUCAAGUAAACAUUUGAGUGGAAAAGUUGGACAUCAAUUUAAUUCAAUUGAUAGGAUUAGUCCACUUUAUCAUAAUUCAACAUCACAAUCUUCCUCAUCGUCUACUUCUUCCUCUUCUUUACAAAGUGGUCAACAACAACAACAACAACAACCAUCAGGGUCAUCACACAGUUCAAGUCCCUUCUCUCAACAAAGUCAGCCAACAGGAGUACCACUCAUGUCCGCUCCUCCUGCCCACCAAAGCUCCUCGCCUGGACUGGCUACUAGUCGAAGUAAUACACCUCAACUUUCAUCGUCCAAUGUUCAAUCUCAUCCGUCAUCCGUCGUCCUUUCAUCAACCUCUUCAUCUUCUUCGUCAUCUUCAUCAACAAACCAUCCCAGCCUUACAAAUCUUUCAUCUUCACAAGAUCAACCUCAGAAUCUUGUAAAAUCAGAAUCAAAGGUACGCAAUAGUGGUAACAACUCCUCUAAUAUAAAUCACCAACAACAACAACAACAACAACAGUCACUUAAUAGUAACAUCUCCUCCAAGGGGGUAACAUCACAUCAUCAAGGUGUGGUACCAUCAGGUUACAUGAAACAUAAUUUACAAUAUCCAGGUGAAGAUCAUAAAUUGAAUUUAACCAAUCCUAAUGAUAGAUAUUCAAUUAAUGGACCCAAUAUGGAAGCUAUUUCAAAACAGCAACAUCAUCAUCACCAACGACAACAACAACAACAAUAUCCUCCAAUUACAAAUUCAGGUGUAAUACCUGGAGCACCAGGUUCGGGUUUAUAUCCUCAUUAUAUGAAAGGUUUACCACCAACAAGGUAUGAUCUAAGUGGAGGACAAGCACCGCAUACAAUGGGUUAUGAUGUAUCUCGAUUAUCUCGUACAUCAGGACCACCACCACCACCAGUGCCAUUUAAUCUUGCUCAUCCAUCGAGCUCUUUUGAUGGUCAAUUAAAAGGUCCUGGUGAUCAUCACAUUGGCUCCAAUAAUAGUAAUAAUAACAACAGCAAAUCAUCGGGUAAUUCACAAAAUUCAUAUAAAGUUAAUUGUGAUUCAAGAAUGGGCACAGAAACUAUUAACCUUGAUCUACAUCAGACUCAUUAUUCAAAUAAGGGAAAUUCGUCAAUUAAUUCUUUCUCGGGUAACAAUACAUUAACCAUUUCAUCAUCACCAGCUUCCGUUUCAACAGCGUUAACAAUAACCACUAGCCCGUUAACAUCAAUCUCACCAACUGGAACUAUCGUUAAAUCAGGAAUUAAUUCUAGUAAUUCUAAUAAUGGAUCUCGUCUAAUUUCACCAAGUAAUUUACCACCCAAUUCAUACCUACCACCAGGUAUUCAUUCAGGAUUAGUUGGACAGAGUAAUUUUGUUAAUCAUCAUCUUGCACCUCAUCCACUUCAACAACAACCCCACCCGAUGAGUUUAACCAAUAAUAUGACUCCAUUGGGCCCAUUGUCUAAUCCAACGAUUACCAAUGGUUCCUCUGGAAGUAUAAUCCAUGGGUUACCAGUGAUUAGUGAUAAAAAAUUAUCCAAUGUUACAUUAAAUUCCUCUGCAAAGGAUAAUGAAUAUGAUCAAUUUGGUAAGCGUAAGGGUUUCCAUAAGGAUACCUAUGAUUUAUCAAAGAAGAUAAGAAAAGAAGAUGAAGAUAAUUUAAGCAAUAGAAGUAAAUUACAAGUGGGUGUUUCUCCAACUGAUCUUGGUCGUCGAUCAUCUCCCAAUAAGCACCAAUCUUCAUUAACAAUCAAUGAAGAUAAAAGUGUUAACUCAAUUACAGAGGGUAAAAAGAUACAGCAAAAGUUUUUAAGUGAAUCAACAAUGGAUGACCAAUCAAUUCACAGCUCAAGUAAAGGAACCAUUGAAACACCAAUGACCAUAACAACAACCAUGUUACCACCUCCAUCUCUUAACACUGCAUCAUCUUCAUCACCUUUAACUCAAUCUUCAAGUUCAAAUACAACCAUAACGGUAACACCAACCAAUGUAACACAAUCAGUGACAACAACUUCAAUCACUGGACCAACACCAAUCAUAUCAACAUCAACAACCAUGAACAGUGAAUCUCCGGUAACAACUACAACAAUUACUCCGGUAGUAACCGUUACAUCAAUCCAACAGCCAACAAUUGUGACAACAACACCUACAAUUACCUCAAAUGAGACAACCACCAACAGUGGCCCAUCCAAGUUCCAUCCUAAAUUAAAGAAAGCCUGGUUACAAAGACAUUCCGAAGCCGAAGUGGAAAGUAAUUCAAAUCAAUCAACAUCAUCAUCUUCCAUAAGUGUAACCAACAGUAACAACACAGUGAAUAAUAACAUUACUCCAACCAUAAUAAUCAAAGAAGAAGAUAAAUCUAAACAGACUUUACCUGUUACAACCAAUCGUGCACAGCAACAGCAACAACAACCAUCAUCACAAUCAACGCCAUCAAAUCAUAAAGUGAAACAAUCAACACAAAAUAGUAAGGGUGGUGAUCAACAUUCGGAUACUUCAGUAUCUUCAUCUCCCAGGGUGAAAAGGAAAAUUUCUCGAGAAGAAAAGAAUAAGAAAAAAGUGAAAAAAGAACCUUUAAGUGAUGAAGAUGGUGAUGAAACAAGUUCAGUGUCUGAUUUUGAUUUUAAUGGUGAUAAAAGUAAUUCAUCUGCCCCAGAGAAAUCAUCAAAAAGUUCCAAAUCUGGAUUAAUUAAAAAACGUGUUACCUCUUCUCGGAAUAUAUCAAAACGUCAUAAAAGCUCUGGAGGAAGUAACAGUGGAAGUGGCAGUGAGAAUAAGAAAGAAGAUAAAUUGUCCAAAGAUGCACGUGAAAGGCACCAUCGAACCAAAGAGAGUAAAAUAAAUGCUCGUCGAGGUCGUAAACCUAAAAGCUCAACUCGUGGAUCAAAAGAAUCAAAUGGAAGUAAAGAAAAACCUUCUCAUGAGAUUAAAGAGAGUAAAAAGAAAUCUUCUAAAUUACCUGAGCUUCCAUGGCAAUUUGUCAAGGGAACAUCUCCCGAAUAUCGUAAGAAAACUGGUGCUAUUUGGUUACAAGAUGGUUCUUGUUACGAUAUUGCACCGAGGCUUCCUAAGUGUCGAGAAUGUCGCAUGACACCUAACCAGAGAUCUAAGAAAAUGCCCAAUAUUUUCUGCCGUUUUUACGCUUUCCGUAAAUUACGUUAUGCUAAAAAUGGUGUAUUAGUUGAUUCCGGUUUCUCUGAACCUCGAGAUGCAACUCAUUAUGAUUUAAAACUCUGGUUACCACCGGAAACACCAUGUAAAGAUCUUGAUGUUGAAACAUCUAAAUUUCUUAUUACUUAUGUUGGAGAUCAAUUUUGUGACCUUGUUAAACAAGAGCAACAAGCGCUCAAAAUUCACAUGGGAAAGGAUAAAACCUUAACCUGGAAACGAGUAGUUCAAGGAGUUCGUGAGAUGUGUGAUGUUUGUGAGACAACACUUUUUAAUAUUCAUUGGGUUUGUCAUAAAUGUGGAUUUGUCAUUUGUAUCGAUUGUUAUAAGGCUCGUGCCCAAGGUGAUGUUAAAGAAGAGGAUAAUCCACCUCGAGAUAGAGAUGAAUUCCAAUGGUUACUUUGUACUAAUCGUCAACCUCAUGUGCAAAAUAAAUUAAUGAUGACCCAAAUAAUUGCACAAACAGCUCUUAAUGAUGUUGGUAAUUUGUUGCACAUAAUUCGUAAAGCAUUUAAAAUAGAGCCUAAAUGUGGUUGUGAUGUUAAUACAAUAUUUGAUUCCAAUGGAUUAAGUAAUCUACUCUUAAACAAAGCCGUACGAGAUAAGAUUAACGCAUGUAAUGGUAAAAAUAUGCCCAAUGGAUUAAGUAAAAGUGAUUCUAAAUCAGAGAUUAACAGUAAAUCGGAUAAUUUAUCAAAAGAUUCUGAAAAUAGUACAUUAACUGGUUUCUCCUCUGAAAGUGGAUCAUCACCAUUAUUCUGGUUGGCUGAUGUUGCCCUUUCUCGUAAAAUGGGCUCAGAUAAAUCAGGUGAAGAUGGUAACACAAUUAACACCACUGGUGGUGAUAAAUUAGAUGAUAAAUCAACAAUUAAAGGUGAAACUGAUGAUUGUAAUUUUUCAACAUUACGUGAGCUGUUGAUCCGUCCAACAUCAAAGAAGAAGAAAGGAAAAAGUUCAAAGAAAGGAAAGAAAACAAAGAAAAAUGAAAAGACAACAACCUCCGAAGAUAAUGAGAAUGAUGGAGAUGAUGAUGAAGAUAAUGAAGAUAAUGAAGAGGAGGAAGAAGAUGAUGGUGAAGAGGAAGAUGAUGAUGAGACAACAUCAGAUGAAUUGGAUGAAGUUGAAGAAACUAGAGUUAAAAAGAAAAUCAAGAAAGAAGAAAAUGAAGACUCAAAAGUAUCAACUAAUAGUUUGUCAUCUUCAAUAACAACAUCAUCUUCAUCAUCAUCAUCAUCAUCAUCGUCAACAAUAGUCAACUCAACAUCAUCUACAACCACAACAACAACAACAACAACAACGUCAACUUCAUCUAAAGAGACCAAACCAUCAAUAAAUACUGGUGGUAACUCAAAUUCAUCAGUAGGAGUUUCAGUUGAUAAACCAUCAAUUAAAUGUGAAUCAACUAAAUCAACAAUCAAUUUACCAUCGGAUUCCAGAAAAUUGGAACAUUAUACUCCACGAUUUACUCCUAAGCGUGAUACCAAUAAUCCACCAUCCAGGUCAUGUAGCAUUGAUGAGACGAAAAAAAUAUUCCCAAAUAUACCACAUACAUGGCUAUGUUCAGGGCGAUUACUUGUAUUUCAAGACCCAAAGUUACCUGACAAUUUAAAGCUAUUUAAGGAGCAAUGGAAACGAAAACAGCCUGUUCUCAUCAGUGGAAUCAAUAAACUUUUGGACAGUAGCUUAUGGAAUCCCGAUGAAUUUAAUCGUCUUUUCGGUGAUGCCAAAAGUGAUGUGGUCAAUUGUAAAACUGGUCAUGUUUUACCUAAACUUCAGAUGAAAAAAUUUUGGGAUGGAUUUGAAAAUCUUAACAAACGGUUGAAAGGAGAUGAUAAUGAAUUUUUGACCUUGAAAUUGAAAGAUUGGCCUCCUGGAGAUGAUUUCAGUGAUCUAUUGCCAGAUCAUUAUGGUGACCUUAUGGACUGUUUACCUUUACCUGAAUAUACAAGACGUGAUGGUUGCCUCAAUCUUGCUGGACGAUUACCUGAAUGUUUCGUACGACCUGAUUUAGGCCCUAAAAUGUAUAACGCUUAUGGUUCAGCUUGUUCCUAUGAUAAAGGAACAACUAAUUUACACCUUGACAUUUCCGAUGCGGUUAACAUUAUGGUUUAUGUUGGUAUACCCAAGGGAGCGGGUUCCAAAUCAGAGGAUUACCAAGAGGCUGCAUUGAAAGCCAUUGAUGAGGGAGGUUGUGAUGAAGAAAUGAAAAAACGAUCUCGAGAAAAGGGUAAACAAUUGGGUGCCCUUUGGCAUAUUUACGAGUCAAAAGAUGCCGAUUCAAUUCGUGAUCUAUUAAAUAAAGUAGCCAAAGAACGUGGCGUUGAACUUGGUGCCCAUUUUGAUCCGAUUCACGAUCAAUCUUGGUACCUUGAUUCAAAUCUUCGAGAUCGACUUAAAUCUGAAUACAAAAUUGAGGGUUACAGUAUAGCCCAAUGUUUAGGCGAUGCUGUUUUCAUUCCCGCCGGGGCUCCUCAUCAAGUUCGUAACCUUCAAAGUUGCAUCAAGGUGGCCGGUGAUUUUGUCUCACCCGAAAAUGUCACCCAAUGUUUCAAUUUGACCCAAGAAUUUCGCCAACUCUCCGAUUCUCAUAUUAACCAUGAAGAUAAAUUGCAAAUCAAGAACAUCAUUUACCAUGCAAUUAAAGACUCACUCGCCUCCCUUCAAAAUAAACUAUCCGAAGGGCCAAAAUCAAGUCAUUCCCACUCCCACCAUCACCAUCAUCAUAAAAGUUCAAACUCUGUAAACAACAACAAGAGUAACAAUUCAAACAGUAAUAGUAACCAUAAUUCAUCAUCAACCACUUCAACGAAAGCCCAUUGACAUAAAGCCAAUAAUUGUUUGAAACUCAAAUUAUCAACUAAUAACAAACAAUUAACAACCCAAAUCAAGAAUCAAUCAAAACCAAGCAAGAAAAUUAAAAAACAUAAAUUGCAAGAUUCAAAAGAAACCAACACAACAAAAAAAACUUCACUUGGAAAGAAAAGCAAAUUUAACUUGCGAAAAGUUAACAUUUAAUUGGAAAUCUAAUUGUGAAAAGAAAAAUUGAUAAAAAAACAACAACCUGGAGAAAUAUUAACAAUUAACUGUAAUCAAUUUUUCAAACUCCCUUUUCUAAAUGUAAACAGUUAAUUGUUACAAUUUAAAUCAAUUGACUAACAACAAGAAAAUAAUAAUAUUACCACUAUUGUCAAAUCAUAAUUUCUCAUUGUGAGAUAUAUGAUAAACUAUUAAUUGUCUUAAUCAUUGUAAUAUAUUUCAUCUUCAUCUAUUCCUUACCUAAUCAUCAUCCUCAUCAUCAUCAUCAUCUAAAUUUAACAUUACCACCACUUUCAUUAGCAUCUUCAUCCUCAAUAUCAUUUUAAUGUUUCCUCUCAUUACCAAUUGCUAAUUGAUUUUAAAAGAUUGUUUUUUGCUUCUCAUUAAUUAAAACACAAAAAUCAUCUGUAAACUCA